UUUUUUUAAAAAAAAAAAUAUAUAUAUCAAUUUUUUUUUAUUUUUUUUGUAACUUCUUUGCUGAUUUGUUAUAAUGGGAGCAGUAGCUCUUGGUCCAAGUUUUUUGUUUCAGGUUGGGUGGUGGUGUCAAAGGUCCUGGGUGCUGCUGGGAAAGAGACCAGCAACUCCCCAAAUAAGCAACUGGUUUUAUUGAGCACUGGGCAGUCAAUGUGUUACUCUUUUCUUUUCUUCUUCUGCUUUUGUUUUUUUUUUCUUUCCUUUUCUUUUUAAAUAUCUGCUACAUGUGUAACUCUUGAUUCCAUCAUUGUUUUUUUUGUAUCAAUGAAAGUUUGGCAUUUCUUGAUGGUGCAAGUACUUUUAUUUUUCCUUUUUUUCUCAACCGCUUUUGAAACGUAUCCCUAGUAAAAAAAAAAAAAGCCACCACUUUUUUCUUGCACUUUUUUUUUUCUUUCUUAAUUGUUAAGUUGUCGUCGACUUUGGCCUGUUUUCUUUUCUCCUCCCCUCCCUGAAAUCAUUUUGUGCUGAUAAAUACAUUUAUGAAUGAAUAGACGUUAAUCUGUUGGUACGGCUGUUUUGCGUUUCCAAAUGAUGGCAGUGGAAAGUAUAUUUUUUUUCCCCUCUCUCUCUCUGUUUUCUGGAAAAUGAAGUGCGAUUUGGUUUCCUUGUCAACAGAAGAUGAAGUGGUGAACAUCUGAUCCGCAGGCAGUGCAGGCCCAUAUUUCAAAAAGGAACAAUUUAAACAGUCAUUAGAAAUACAUUUGGAUGAGCGAUUGAGGGGGCGAGUUAACUUGCAUUAGGAAAGGUGACUGUCAAGACACCAGAAUGACUGGCAAAACACAGACCAGCAAUGUCACAAACAAGAAUGAUCCAAAAUCCAUCAAUUCAAGAGUUUUCAUUGGCAACCUCAACACUGGCAUUGUCAAAAAGGCUGACAUUGAGGCCAUAUUUGCAAAGUAUGGAAAGAUUGUGGGUUGCUCAGUCCAUAAAGGAUAUGCGUUCGUACAGUACAUCAGCGAGAGACACGCACGCGCUGCAGUUUCAGGAGAAAACUCACGGAUUAUUGGGGGCCAGCCACUAGAUAUUAAUAUGGCCGGAGAACCAAAGCCGUACAGGCCAAAGCUAGGAACAAAGAGACCACUAUCAACUUUAUACAGUGCUUAUGACUUUGAUUAUGAUUACUACAGAGAUGAUUUCUACAAUCGGUUGUUUGAUUAUGGACAUGGUCGAGUUCCACCUCCACCCCGUGCAGUGAUCCCACUGAAGCGCCCCAGAAUGUCUGUGCCCACAACUCGCAGGGGCAAAGGAGUAUUUUCUUUAAAGGGAGGCUCCAGAUCUGCAUUAGGAGGCUCCUCUUCUUCUGGGUCAAAAUUGAAAUCAGACGAGCUGCAGACAAUCAAAAAGGAGUUGACCCAAAUCAAAACCAAAAUUGACUCUUUGCUGGGAAGACUGGAAAAAAUUGAAAAACAGCAGAAAGCUGAAGCAGGGGAUGCUUUACUGCGGUUGUGGAUCAUGGGCCACUCAUACAAAAAGCGAGCACUGGUGAAAGAGAGAGGUCAGCAACUGGACUUCUCCAGGGAUUCGCUGGAAAUCAGGUGGCUGGGUAUCAAAGGAGCUCAAAAAAAGCAAACUGAAGAUCAUACAGAUUUAGUUCAAGAAGAGUGUAAAUCAGAAACGGCUGACAACUCCACUGAAGAGCACAUCGAGGGAGGACAUGAUGCAGACGGCGAAGAGAUGACUGAUGGUUUAGAGGAAGACUUUGAUGAAGAUGGCAGCAAUGAGCUGAUGGACAAUCAUGUCUCAGAUAUAGAAGACACAAGUAACUGAACUAUUCUUCUCCAGAUUAACAUGGAGAAUGACGAGCUGGAUUCUGGGCACAUGUAAACAAUUUGUAAAGGAACCUUGGGGAAGAUCCAUGAGAAAUCAUAUUUUCUUUAAGUUAUUUAUGACUUACAACUGUAUUAUGGUUAGUUUCAUGAUAGACUUGACAACGUGUUUUUAUCCACAUCUUUAUCAUAUUGCCAUCCAUAAUGUUAUUUACAUGUUCUUCGCCAUAUCAAGAGGGGGGGGAGAUGUACACAGAUGUAUAUUUGUAAGAGCUAUUUUUUGAAUAGCGCAUAGUAAAUCUCGCAUCCAUGUUAGAGCUGUCUUUAGGGGGCCAUGCAGAGGGAGCUCUCCCAGGCCACACAGGUCACCAAUGACCCAAGACUAUAAAGGCAACAGAUUAGUACUGAUAUGGGACCUGUUAUCCAGAAUGCUCGGGAUCUGGGUUUUUCAGGACAACUGAUAUUUCCGUAAUAUGGAUCU